UUUGGCCAAUUACUAACAUUAGAAGGUCCCAGCUCCGACUUUCAGUGAAUGCACCAUCUAACUAACGUUACAGGAAGUAAGGUGGCGGUGGUGGUGUUUGAUCUAAGCUAACUUGUGCAAACAGCGGCUGGUGUAAAGCUAUUCCACACCAGGCUCCGAGAUGGUUCCACCAGCCCCCUGACCAGCAGGGAGUAUGUCGGCUAACAGCUGCUCCGUUAUCAGACCCCGAUACCGCGGAGGAAACACCGACGUUAGCUAGAACAACAGCAAGCCGAGUAGUAUGCUGGACGUGGGGAAGUGGCCAGUUUUUGCGCUCCUUCCUCCUGAGGAACUCCGGCUAAUUCGGCAGGCUUGUGUCUUUGGCAGUGCUGCAAAUGAAGCCUUCUAUGUCACGGUUAAUGAUGAGGUCUAUGCUCUGGGCACCAACUGCAGCGGCUGUUUAGGGCUCGGAGACCUUCAAAGCACUAUUGAGCCGCGCCGGAUUGAUGUCUUGUGUGGAAAGAAGAUUGUGUCCCUAAGCUAUGGAACAGGACCACAUGUGGCUAUCGCUACUGCAGAUGGAGAGGUGUUUGCUUGGGGCCACAAUGGCUACAGCCAGCUAGGCAAUGGGACCACCAACCACGGACUGACCCCUGCCCUGGUGUCCACCAACCUCCUCAGCAAGAGAGUUACAGAGGUGGCCUGUGGCUCCCACCACACUAUUGCCCUCACAACUGACGGAGAGGUGUACGCAUGGGGUUACAACAACUCAGGCCAAGUAGGUUCAGGGUCUACUGCCAACCAGCCGACGCCGCGCCGCGUAAGCAGCUGCCUGCAGAACAAAGUGGUGGUUAACGUAGCCUGUGGUCAGCUCUGCUCUAUGGCUGUACUAGACAACGGAGAGAUCUAUGGUUGGGGCUACAAUUGCAAUGGCCAGCUAGGUUUGGGCAACAAUGGCAAUCAGCAGACCCCAUGCAGGAUUGCUGCUCUACAAGGUGUCAACAUCGUCCAGGUUGCCUGUGGGUAUGCACAUACAUUGGCACUUACAGAUGAGGGGAUGGUUUACGCCUGGGGAGCCAACUCAUAUGGGCAGUUGGGAACAGGCAAUAAGAGUAACCAAGCUCUCCCCACUCUAAUUAACACAGACAAGGAGAGGAUGGUGGAGGUGGCUGCAUGUCACACCAGCCACACGUCAGCUGCCAAGACCCAGAGCGGGCAGGUUCUGAUGUGGGGUCAGUGUCGAGGUCAGGCUGUGGCCAGCCCCUACCUCACCCACUUCGGAAGCACAGACGAUGUGUUUGCCUGCUUCGCCACACCAGCAGUCACGUGGCACCUCCUCUCCGUAGACGGCGAUGACUACCUGACUGUUGCCCAGUCUUUGAAAAAGGAGUUUGACAGCCCAGAGAUUUCUGACCUAAAGUUCUUGGUUGAUGGGAAGUGUAUCCAUGUUCACAAAGCCCUGCUGAAAAUCAGAUGUGAGCAUUUCCGUGCACUGCUUAAUGAAUCGGAGGAGGAGACCAUAGAAAUCCACCAGUUCUCGUACCUGGUGUACCGAGCCUUUCUGGAGUACCUCUACACAGACACCAUAAACCUGCCACCAGAGGAUGCUAUUGGGUUGCUGGACCUGGCCACGUUCUACCGAGAGACUCGGCUGAAGAGGCUGUGCCAGGAAACUAUCAAGAGGGGCAUUUCUGAGGAGAACGCCAUCACUCUGCUCUCUGCCGCUGUCAAGUAUGAGGCGCGGCCCUCUUCAUUUUUAGGACCUGGAGGAGUUCUGCUUCAAGUUUUGCAUCAACCACCUAACAGCUGUCACGCAGACCCAGGCAUUUGCAGACAUGGACCACGACCUGCUCAAGAACUUCAUUAAUAAAGCCAGCCGCUACGGGGCCUUCAAAAACUGACUCGAGUGGGCCCCCCUAGUGACGGACUCAGCACGUUGAGCUUUCAGCCCACCGAGGUCCUGAGAGUCGAGCCGAGACCAAAGUAGACAGCAGGCUGAUCAGCGCUGGGGAUGGUACCACCGCGGAGGCAGAGGGUUUAGGGUUUCAGCCUUUAAUGACGGCUCCCAGCCCAAACACCCACACCCGCACCCACACACGCACACACACACGCGUUGCUUUUGGGCGUAAAAAGAUCGGGUCACAAGCUGACAUUGCAGAGGCUGAAUAAGACAGAUGUGCCUCUCUGGUCGUCUUUGCGUUCCUGACCCUAGGCUUGGCUAACUAUGCGUCUGAUGGUUUGACCAAGCUGGUCGACAGACAGAUGCCGCGCAGCGACACGAUGCCUGGACAUGCUGAAGCUAAACAUAACUCUUUGCAAUAAAUAAUAAUUCUUUUCUUAUCACAAUGCCCUUUAUCAGUUAGUCAUUGAAAUAAUCAGUAAGCAUAUAGUACUGUGGCCAUGAACUGACCCUUCCCAUUGUGCUGCUUUUCUUUAAAGCCUUGAUUGUCAUUGUUCUGGAUUGAGAAGUAAUAAGAGGAGAGACCCAAGCUGCUCUUGGCCCCUGUUUUAUACGCUAGUGUUUCACCUCUGCUAUCCAAACCUAUGGUUCCUUUUUCAUGUUUGCAUUGACUAACAUUUGCACUAUUUUGCUGCAGACGGUUAGUUUGGCCAUCGUCAGCUGACUGAUAGAAACAUGUGCAGUCAGUCCUACUGCUUGUUUACUCAUGUUCAGGUUAACCCUUUCUGUGCAGCAGGAAACGCUGUCCGACAUACACAAGCAUACUGAUUCCGGUGUAGUCUGUCGGGGAGCUAACACUGUAGCUUUAGCUUUACUUUACAGUUGUGUUUCAUUGCAAUUUGGUAUGUUUACAAAAGUUUGGUUGUUAGAUUUUUUAAUUGUAUAUUGGCAGCACUCUUUUCCAAGUAUUUCGUUCUCUCUCUCUCUCCCCGGUUGGCACCUUGUAGUAAGGAAUUAGUGCUGGCUUGUGUAAUUGCCAACUGACUGUUGAAUAUAGUCUCUUUAAAUGUAGCUACCAGAUAUUUCCACAUUACAUUUCUACAUCUGUCUAAAUAAAAUGUAACCAUGCUUUUACUUUAACAAGCCAAUUAUUCUGUUUUUUUAAAAAACAUUUUGAUAAUGACUAAAAUAAAAUGCCUGUGUUCUCAUUUUGUAUGGACGAUGCUGUACUCUGCUGACAGCAGCACUAAUGGUAACAUUUGAUAAUUUAACAUGUAUUAAAACGAGUAACUUCAGAA